GUUGUCCGUCCACGCCGCCACUUCAUUGUACUGACUCCGCUCAUCAAUUAGGUGCAAAUUAACAACGUUUUGGGUGAAAUAAUUGCCCUUUGCCGCGCCUGGGAGGACUGUAAACCGCCGACAAGGAGCUCAGAUAAGUUUCCGAGUGCGGGAGAGCCGAGAGGGAGACGCGAAAGCACAGUCAUGCCCUCAGUGAUGGAGCGCUCGGGGGCCGGGGUCCUGUCCAGGAGCAGAGCCAAAACCGUUCCCAAUGGCAACAGCCAGCCGCACUCUGAAGAGGACAGCAGCGAUGAAGAGCAUGCUCAUGACAGCAUGAUCAGAGUGGGAGGAGACUACCAGGCUCAGAUCCCAGAGUUCAAACCAGACAGUCCAGCGCGCUACAACGAGAAGGACCAGAGGAGCAUGCUGGUCUGGUGUCCCAACAGCCAGCUCUCUGAUGCCAUGUUGGACGAGUACAUCCUGAUGGCUAAGGAGAAACAUGGGUACAACAUGGAGCAGGCCCUGGGAAUGCUGCUAUGGCACAAACAUGAUGUCGAGCGCUCGUUGGCCGACUUGGCCAACUUCACGCCAUUCCCUGAUGAGUGGACGGUGGAGGAUAAAGUCCUGUUUGAGCAGGCCUUCAGCUUCCACGGCAAGAGCUUCCACCGCAUCCAGCAGAUGCUUCCAGACAAAUUGAUAUCCAGCCUUGUGAAAUACUACUACAGCUGGAAGAAGACCCGGACCAGAACCUCCGUCAUGGACCGGCAGGCCAGGAGGCUGAUCAACAAGAGAGAGAAGGAAGACAGUACUGAAGACGUUGAGGAGGGAGAGCAUGUCAGCGACAGUGACUUUGAGGCUGAUGCCAAGAAGGAGGCGGUGAAACAAAACUCCAGCAGCACCAGCUCCGACAAACCCACCCCCAGUCGCUCCGGACCAGUGAAGAAGGAGAGCAUCGGGGCUCAGUACAGACAUCACCCGCUCAGGGCGCGCCGCCGGCCCCCUAAAGGGAUGUACCUGGACCAGGGAGACAUCAUGUCCCUGUCGGCCUCGCACGACUCUGGAGUGGUGACUGUACGUCAGCUGGACACGCAGCUGGUUUCACUCAAGAGGCAGGUUCAGUCUAUUAAACAGAACAACAGCAGUAUGAAGCAGAGUCUGAAUGAAGGUGUUGACACUUUAAAACCUUCUGAGGCGGCCCCCAAGAUGAACUCUCGCUGGACCACGGAUGAGCAGCUCCUGGCUGUGCAGGCGAUUCGGCGUUACGGCAAAGACUUCCCAGCCAUCGCAGAAGUAAUAGCCACCAAGACGCCAGCUCAGGUGAGCUCGUUUUUCGUGAGCUACCGGCGGAGGUUCAACCUGGACGAGGUGCUGCGAGAGUGGGCUGCUGAGCAGGUGGCCACUAGCAGAGACCAGAGGGACCCCCGCAGGAGCAGUGAGGAGAUGGCAGCAGAUGCAGAGGAGGACGAGGUGAGGCACAAGGUCAAAAUGGAGGACUCUCCCCCCGACGCUGCCAGCGGCUCCUCUCCCCCCUCCUCCACCCAGACCCCCUCCUCCCUCUCCCAGCCCCCCCCGCUGCUGCGCCCGGCUCCUCCUUCAGGACCCCCGAGCCUCCUCCGCCAGCCGCCUCCGCUACAGACACGGCCGCUGCAGAACCGAGCACCCCACAACCACCCUCCACCUCCGCUCAUCCGGCCCGCAGUGACCUCCUCCUCCUCUUCCUCCUCCUCCAGUCUCAGGGGUUCUUCUCCCAGCUCCUCCUCUUCCUCUGCUACAAGCCAUAUGCCUCCAUCACUGGUUGGGCUCAAAGUGGAGCAGCCCAGCUCGCACUGAUGCACUCGAAGAUGGAGGCAACAUAAACACACACACGUACACUAAUUGGCAUGCACACACACACAAACGUCUGGCCUGGUAGAAUUACACAACACAUCCUGGUCUUGAAGGUGACAUCAGUUAUUAAUAAUCACCUUGUGGUGACCAGAAGCCCCUCUACUGUUUUACACACAUCUACCUCCAAGCCAGUGCUCUGGCACGCGCUCAAACCAGUAAAUGCUAAAUUCCAACGCUGUGUGAACGCAUCACUCAGCAAAACUAACACUACAUCAUCCAGCUGACGAGAGAACACAUCUGGACUGUGGAGGGUUGUGGUCAAAGGUGAACGUUGUACCUGUACUCGUCCGUUCCACUGGUUUACUGUUUUCAUUAAAAUGUAAUAACACACGAGGGGAAGGAAGGAUGAUGGAGGUGGAGCUGCUCCAUCCUGACAGGUCAUGUGAUGAAAAUGAUCCUUUUUUCCUUCUGGCCUUUGCUUUAAAUCUUAGGUGGGGGCAAAAGUUAUAAGAAACCAGGCGUCGAAACCUCAAAAGGAGCUUAUUCUGGUUUUUGAUGGUUGAAUUUGGAAAAGGAGACAAGAAGUGGAGAUGACAUCUCCCUCUUCUGUUAUAGCCAUGUAUUACUAGUGUUAACUGGAGUAAUGUUUAAAUUUCGUUGACUCUGUGGGCCCUAGGUAGAUGGUUAGUUGUUGUAAGUAGUUUAGAUUAGCCUACUUAAUUAUAAUUGACAGAGCACUGAGGAGAAAAAACAAUUAAAACUUGUAACUGGACAUCGACCAUUUCACCCGAGACGCACUUGUCAGAACGCCGUAACCGGCUGCUUUAAAGUAAACGUGGGCGUGUGAAACUACAAUCGGACUUCUGAAUCAUUUAUCUACUGAAAGAAAAGAAACAAGCUGCCAAAAUCUAUUAAGGAAGAAGAGGAGAGGCGGCACGCUGUCCUGUAGACGUCUUCUGUUUGGUUGCAGUGUCAAGUUUUACACUGGCAGAUUACUUAUUUAUUAGAUGCCGAGUCAAAGAUCGGAAGCAAAUGGACAUUGAGACUUUUUUUUUUUUUUUCCUUUUACCACAAAAUGUUUUACAAAGACGGCAACUCUCAAGGACUCGGUUAAGGCAGCUUUCUCCUUCGUAACCACGAGUCCUGUCCAAAGAGAUGAUCAGGAAGUUUCUUCUGUAAUCAACCACUUGAUCCUUCAGCCAAGAGGGAAUUCUUUGUUUUGUUAACUUCUUCCUAAGUUUACAGCUUCAUGAACAAAUGUUAACCAAACUCAUCACGACUUUGUUCUUCUUGAUGCAUUUUGGAGCGUGGUUGAUCAUCCAGACGGUGCGUUCCCGCCGGUUUCAACAGUUUGAUGCAGCACUGAAUGGAAGUUUUAUUCGGCUUUAAAGUGGCUUGCCUUUUGACUUGUUGCCUAUAUUUGUUAGUUUCUCCAAAAACCGCUUGUAUGUGAGAAGUUUACGCUGUGGAAACAGAAGUUUGUUUUUAGAUUAAAGAAAUGACCAAAACAUUUAAGCUUCUGUCAGUUUUAUGUAAUUAAUCCACUUCACCACAAGAGCUAUGUAUAAUAAAAAACUGAACGUUUUUGGACCUGUUUCAGUUUCUGACACGUGAGGGAUGAGCUUUGAAUGUAAAGAUGAAGUCAGUGUCCAUGACGACAGCCAAAGAACCUUGGUGGGACGGUUUCAUUUGAUCUGUCAUGUUUUAAAACAUAACUGCUUCCAGAGUCGGACUAUCAUUAUAUCAUUGUUUUUAUUACUAUCAUUGUAAUUUUUCAUCAUUUUGUCUUUACUCAAAAAAAAAACAAAAAACAAACAUAAUACAUUUUUAAGGAGUUGAUCACCCCUCCCAACCCCAAAAACCCACCACUACAGUUACAGUUUUGCUCAACACAUUUAAAAUCAAUGUAAAUUACAGCAAUGUGAAACAAAAUAAUGUAAAAUAAAAUCAACCCUGAAAGAGAUAAUAUAAUAGCAAC